AUGAGUUCAAGUACUGCGUCCACAAUAGCAUACCCUGAACCUUCUUAUUACAAGUGGGCUACACCACCAAAGCCUGUUUACUUGUGGGCUUCAAAAAAACAACCUGCCCGUUGUCCCAAAACAGCAGCUUCAAAUCCUCCUCCCCCUCCUCCUCAUCGACCUACCGACACCAAGACGAAGGAUGGCGGAUUCUGGAAGCGUUGGUUUGCUGGCUUCUGUUGCUGCUGCUGUUUUUAA